GAUUAAUUUUCAUAUUGCAAUCAGUUUUGCUCUAUGUAAAAUUAAAUUUUCAUUCUAGGAAUGUCAAUGAUAGAUCUUUACCGUUUGAGAAAGAAAAAAGAGAACAAGUAAAACAAAAAAAAUCAAAUUAGAUAUCGUAAUCUAUUAAGAUUAAUAAAGUUCCACAUGAUUUUAAUUUGAUCUAAAAGUAUUGGAUAUAAAUAUAUCUUAUGUAGACAAUCAGAAUACUAAGAGUAAAAUUAAACAACAAGAAAAAAUGAUGUUAUCUAAAACUUAAAUA